CGCAGGCGCACACCGCGCCCCCCCCCGCCCCGCCCCCCGCGCUCACACCACGCGAACUCCUUAUUAUUGACCCACCUGUACGCGACAUCACUAGUGUUCAGUGCUAACCUACAACAACAACAACACCGCCGGGCGACGCCAGCGCCGCACCACCGCCCUCCAGAUUGGAGCAGCAAAAUUUUAGUCACAAUUGCUUCGGAUACUACGUAACAAAUACACACAAUGGCACUAGUAUUACAAUUAAUAGACAACUUCCAUGGAUUUAUGGAUAAAUAUGGGGAUCCCAGGACCAACCCGUGGUUCCUGAUGAGUUCACCCUUCCCCACAUUACUAAUAUGUUUAAGUUAUGUAUAUCUAGUCAAGGUUUUAGGACCACGGUUUAUGGAAAAUAGGAAACCUUAUGAAUUAAAAAAUGUUUUAAUAGCAUACAACGCCUUCCAAGUAAUAUUCAGCACAUGGCUCUUUUAUGAGAUCGGUGCGGCAGGCUGGUUUACAGGCAGGUAUAACUUUCAGUGUCAGCCAGUCGACAACUCCAAACAUCCAGAGACCAUGAGGAUGGUACACGCCUGCUGGUGGUACUAUUUCUCCAAGUUCACAGAAUUCUUCGACACGUUCUUCUUUGUGCUAAGAAAGAAGUUCGACCAUGUGUCGACCCUGCACGUGAUCCACCACGGGGUCAUGCCCAUGUCCGUCUGGUUCGGGGUCAAGUUCACUCCGGGGGGCCACUCCACCUUCUUCGGGCUUCUUAACACGUUCGUGCACAUCAUCAUGUACUCCUACUACAUGUUGGCCGCGAUGGGCCCCCACAUGAGGCCGUAUCUGUGGUGGAAGAAAUACUUGACCACUCUGCAGAUGGUGCAAUUCAUCGGCAUCAUGGUGCACGCGUUCCAGCUGCUGUUCAUCGAGUGCGACUACCCGCGCGCCUUCGUCUGGUGGAUCGGCAUGCACGCCGUCAUGUUCUUCUUCCUGUUCAAGGACUUCUACAACCAGUCCUACAAGGCUAAGCCUAAGGUCCGCGCGCGCUCACCGGCGCCGAGCAUCGAGGCCACGGCCGUGGAGCCCGAGGUCCUCUACAAGAACGGGUCAGUGAAGAACGGCUUCAGCAACGGCCACGGGCCCGCGCGCGCCCGCACCGUGCUGCCCGCCGGCAACUGACCGCCCCGCCCCGCCAGCCAUUCCUCAGUCUGUGAUUCAUAGCCGGCUCACGGCGCCAUGUUUAACCCCCGGACAAUCGUCGGCUAGUGAGGCGGCCUACACCAGCUGUUAGCGUUAAAUGUGAUUUUUAUCUAGUGUACAUACAGUUAGGCGGUGUCAACGGUGUAAAUUUUAUUUGUAAUUUUAAAAACGAUAUUAUUAAAGAAGAAUAACAAAAAUAUAGCUAGAUUUGUGAUCGCAUAGCGUUUUGUACUUUUAUUAGGUUAGCGUUAAUGCUUAGACAGCCUCUGAACAGGAGAUACAGUCAUAAUACUUAUUUAUACUGAACAAGGUGCUUCUUUAUCUUUAUGUAUUAAUUUUAACAAUUAUUCAGUACCUUGCCAGUUACGUUGCAAUAUUAUAUCGUGUAAUGGCAGAUAAUUAUUCUAAGAGAUGGUUGUUGUAGCCAUGUUAAAUUCUCCUCUAUAAUGAGGAAUAUUUGUAUAUUAGGAAUUCUUAAUUUCUCCUUAUCUAAUUCUACUUCUUUCUCACUAGAUUGUUAUUUCCUUGAAUUUUAUUUGAAGUAUGGACCAAGUAUAAGUUGCGUAGUUCGAUCGACCGGACUAACAACGGAUAUACGGCUACAAAAAAUACAAUUAUACCUAAAUUGUAUUUAUUGACGAUAAUGAAAUUGAUGACACUCAAAUCGACUGCUCUAUUCAGUUGUAGUUAAUAUAAAGUAAAAACUAUUAUGUGGUUGUGUUGGUUAUUUAUUGUUUUGUUUUAAUUUAGUUUUUAUUUAUGAUCAGGAAUUCUCAGUUUGUAUGGUUGAGGCGCCACUGGGCAAUUUCAUCGCAAUAUUUCUUCCUUGUUUUGGUCUUCCGUAAGGUAAUAAUACGGUGACCAUGAAGUAUCCUUCCUGAAUUUGUACAAAACUUGGAACCACCGGCCUCUGUGGCUGCGCUUCGCCACGUCAAACUUUUUGAACAAAAUGCUCUGCCUUUUUUGACAGAGUACAGAGCCUAGAACUUAGCAUUUUGUAGAUAUUUUUCAUUUUGGACUCAGUUUAUGAACCUAUUGUAAUUUUUAUACAAAAUAAUGCAAAUAAAUUAUAAGUGUAAUUUU